UGCCAACGCCGGGCGGCUCCUGCAGUUGUCGCCGGCAGCUGGGGGAAGAGGUGCGGGAAUAUCAUCUUCCGCCCUCCUCUCACUCGGGCGGUUCUUCACGCGCCGCCAUGACCACCACGACCACGUUUAAGGGAAUGGAUCCCAGCGGACGGAGCAGCUCCAGGGUCCUUCGCCCACCAGGUGGUGGCUCCAAUUUCAAUUUGGGAUUUGAUUUACCAAAGGAUCAGCAAGGAGGCAGACGGAACAAGAUGGCAUCCAGUAUCUUUGGGACCCCAGAAGAGAAUCCACCUUCCUGGGCUCGGCCAAAAGAACCCAAGCCCAGUGAUGCCGAUGAAAGUUCUGAACCCCUUGGGUUGCAGAGAAGGAGCUCUUCUGAUGCAAACUCUGGUGACUGCAUGGAUCCAAAGGGCAGGGAAGGAGAGGCUCCUGAAAACACAGAGAUCGAAAUAGACGUUGCUUCAGGCCCGAGUGAAGAGAAGCUCCCACCGGCGGCACCCAUGCCUAGCCCAGUAGCUGCAGCGCCUGUACCAUCUAGAAGAAAUCCACCUGGUGGAAAGUCCAGCUUAGUCCUUGGUUAAACUUGAUCGCUUGAUCGUCUUUUGCUUCUUCUAACUACUUGGAACUCAUGUCUGUCCUCUUUGUUUUUUCUUCCAUGCUUGUGAACUGCACAACUUGAGUCUGACUGUACUUCUGAAACUAUCAUUAAAGAAGCACUUUAUGUACUUCAUACCUUUUUUUAAGGAAAGAAAUGGGUUUUUUUCUAACUUCUGUCUUGUUUCCCUUGGGUCUAAUGGAAGUGGCAUGUGUGGUUUCUUUUUGUAGUGGUAGAUGUAGAGCUGUAUUCACUAUGCAGCCUGUGGCUGAUUGAAAGAUUUCUAAGGUCUGUAGUAGUGUGCUUCAUAAACUAGGCUGGUUGGUUCUGAGUGUGCUAGAUAGCAUUCUUGUCCAAAAACUUGUAGGAAACCCCUUAGUUGGUUUACGAGGGUUGAAAGUUGGGAUUGUGUACAUAUCAGAACAUGGGUGACAAAUGCUCUUUCUCUCUCUUUUCUGUCCAUCUCAGCAACACAUGCUGGUUGAUUAUCCAAUAUAUAUUUCUCAGUAAUUGGCAAAUAUCUAGUCCGGUUGUGCAUUACAGAACAGAGUUGUGGUGGUAGUAAUUAACCGUGCUGCCUUCAACUAGAGGAAAUUUAGUUCAGCCGUGACAAGAUGAGGCUGGUGCCAAAUACAGGGUUGCUGACAUGAGCCUGCUAUUCUGUUUCCUGAGUAUUGCUCCCCUCUAAGUGACAGUAAUAUGGAUCUUGCAGGUGUAAGUAUAGGGUGGAAACAAAUAUCUAAAGGAACAUUUCUGGUCCACAUUACUUCAGUGCUAUGCAUGAUCAUGCUGGUGCUUGACCUUGAGGUGAAAAAUUUAAUCCUUCUAAAUGUGUGUUGUAUCUUGAUAAAGCUGACUUGUUGCUUAUUAAUAAAGGAUAUAGAAGUUUUGAA